AUGGCUGCCAAUGUUUCUGAAUCACCUGGCCAGCCACCAGGAAGAGUCAUUGGUGGCAGAAGCCAUUCACCUCCUCGUCAGAUGACAACUAAAGAACCUCAUGAGAAAACUAAGACAACUACCAACCACACUGCCAAGGAUAAACGAUCAAAAGAUCGUCAGUUAACCCCUUCCACAUGCAGCCAACCUAAAGCCAAGCGAAGGUUGGAGUCAGCAGAAGGACAUGAUGACAGUACCACUGAUCCUAAACUGGAGACUCUCUGCAGAAAGAAGUUCAAGCCAAUUGCUCCCAAACCCACGGACCACCAUCAGUCGGUCGUCACAGCCACUGUCCCCAUCAAGGAUGUCACUUAUACAGACCAUUUGACUAAAGGGGGCUGCAAGAAUGGACCUGUCAUGUUUAUGAGCCCCAAAGUCCAGUUGAUCCCAAGUAUGCCAAUGUUGGCCCGCGCUCCACCCGGGGAGGGCGACAAGAUUCCAAUGAACACUUCUCCGUAUUCGAUGACCCAUACUUUGUUUCCACAAGGCAAGUACCUGAAUGUAAUGACCCCUCCAGCUAGGGUAUCACUGACUGAUGUUGCUGGUCAUUAUAAGACAGUAGUUCAGCUAUUGCCAAACGGCACUAACAAUAUCAGCACACCGUCUCAUUGUCAAACAUCUACCGAGGUUGCUGCGAGUAAGGCAAGUAGUGAAAGGCGAGCUUCCAAAGCGGCAACAAGAAGUGAACAAAGUAAAGGACCGAAAAUAACCAGUCCUAACAGUAAAACUAAAGCGAAGCCUAAAGCUAGUAGAUACAAGUACAGUCUUUUAAUGAAUGGAGGCUCGUACGAUGGAGCCAUGCUUAAUAAUCCUGUUUUGAACCAGAAGUUGCAGCCCUCUGUCACUCCUCCUGUUUCAUUGAAUGGAGGUGUGCGGCUGAAUCUCCCAGCUGUGUUGACCAGUUCUGGAGUACUGCAGAUAACUGUGCCUAGUGUUGGGAUCGCCAAUGGCCAAGUGCAAAUCUUUGAUUGUGGGCAACAUGCUGAGGUCGUACAACCAACUGUGGUGGCUCCUGGUAUCACAUCCCCGCAGAUAUCAACGGCUGCGACUACAAUAGCCACCAUGCCCCCAGUCUACUCACCCAACACAGCUGUUUCUAACGUAUUAACUCCUGAAUCUAUUGGAAGUGACACGCAAGACUCUGUUUCGACCCCCAAUGACAACACCAGUGCCCUGGACACAAACAAUAUGUCUUUGGAUGAGACAUUGAGAGCUAUGCUGAAAAGUCCCAGAGCGACUGCUUCUCUUGAUAAACAAAAAGAAACCCAUCAACCAAAGAAAACCAAACCACAUAGAACUAGUAGCUCAAGAAGUCGCAAUAAGGGAAAAAAGACUCAACCAAUUUCAUCCAGUGCACCUCCAGUGAUUGUACACAGUACUUCAAGCGAGCAAAGUGGUGGCAGAACUGUGAUAGUGGAUUCUAGAUCCAAUCAAAGUACGGAGAGGGGCCCUUUGUAUCAAACUCAAGUUGCCCAUGGUCCAUUGGUUAGUAGAUACACACCAAAGCAAAGCGGGGAUGGAGUGUCUGCUAAAGGACAGAAUGUGCAAUAUGGGUCGUCGGUAAAUCGUGACGGUGCUUUGGCGGGUCAGAGUGACCUUGGAUCAGAAUUAAUAGGAAAUUCCAGGAUUACACACACUAGACAUCCAGGUUAUGUAACUAAUAAUGACAGUGUUAAUCUUGUGCCUCUAGUAAGUGAUUUGAACAGAAAAGGUGCCGGAACACCAGAAUUGUCUAGGAGACCCGCAUGUAAGCCAGACACUGCAGCUUCCCCUUUGACCGCACCUGUUAACAGUGGGCCAACGAAUCAGAGUCGACAAACUUUGGUGUCAACUUGUGUGACCACAAGCACUAACAUUCAACACAUGGGUAGAGCUUUAAGCGAUUGUUGGAGUAGGACAGACCAUGUGGCACCAAGGGCUACAAGCCUUCCUAACUUUGCAACAGGUUCGAGAGGUGUACCAACUGCAACGACCACACCUCCCGUAGCAUUUCACGUUCCUACAAAUCAGCAUCCGCCCCAGCUGAGAAAUACAAGUAAUGCCUCUGUGCCUUCACCUUUGGGAUUUGAACAAGCAAUGGACAAGUCUCUUGGAGACAGUACUCCAGUGUUGUCCCCGUCAUCUGUCAUGAAACCUAUGCAACCCCAGCGUCCUCUGCAAUCUUUGAAUUGUGUCAUCACCACUUCGAACUUUGUGCCGUUGCCAAACACUAUCACAUCUAGUAUUAUCACAAGACCAGUUUUCAAUUCCAGUGACAAUGUUAUAGUGAGGAAUUCCCUCACUCUUCCCGAUAGAAGCUCCUCUGUCCUGCGACCCCAUGACAGUGUUCUUCCAAGAUCCUCCAUUCAGCCUCAAGAUACUAUAAGACCCCCAGGUAUCAUAGUCAACGCUUCUCAAGGAGCAGCCGUUCUCAAUAGACGAAGUGUUGGGACUUGCACAGCAGUGACAUAUUCUCACAAUACAAUGACAUCGGUACACAGCGGAAACGAAGACUUUCCAACCCUUGUCAAUAGUCCUACCAACUUGAAUGUACCUACCUUACCAACCCCACUGACACAGCAGGGAGCUUUCUUCUCUGAAAUGGAUAGAUCGAGAGAACUGCCCUUUCCGUCCGAAAUAGGAGAGACGUUAAGAGAAGACAGAGUGAUGAAUCCAGCACGCAGACAGCUACAGCUCCUGGAGGAACAUGAAAGAAACCCUCCCACUCACACCAAUGGUCAGAUAGGAAGCCUGGUUCUCAAUCAGCCAAACAGCGAAAUGCCUUCAGUGAUUCCUAGACAGACUAUUCCAGAACCUGCUCUACUUAGGCAAAAUGUUGAUGCAUCUGUUCUCAGACCAAAUGAACCCAACUCCUUGCCGUUGAGAAAUGCUGAACCAAGUUUAUUCACACCACCGGCAACAGUUGUACCCCAUCAUGCAGGCAUUCUGGCAACAGCAAUACUCAGAUCAAGAGCUCUUGAGAGAAACCCUUGGUUAAUGUCUCCACUGAAUGUAAGCACUUCAUCCACAGUUUCAAAUAGCCUCCCAACUACAGCCACAUCAACUCUGUCCACAACAGCUGGUUACUCCGGAGGGACAGUUUGCAGUUCCCAUUCUGCCAGUGCAGUGAAUGAUAGCACUGCUCAUUCACAUCAUAUUGGAGAUGUGCUUCACUUGAGAGCUGCCCCAGGCAUGCAUACAUCACUGGGUAGACCCGCAGAAUCGGGAAGUUGGUGUAUGCCUCCAGAGGGCAUCCGUAACCAAAGAGAGACAGAAAAUUUGAUAAGUAGUCAUGUCUCACAGUUUAACCUCUUGAGGCAAAGGAGAAUGGCAACUCUCAGUUCUGAUUUAGCAGGUGUUAGAAAUUCUGAACUUGAACAGCCUGGUCCAAUUAUUCCAACAGCAACUUCAGGAGAGCAUUUUCAGAACCCUGAUGUUGUUGUACAAUCUGUGCCACUUCACAGCAAUAUUUCAGCAAAUGCUAGAAAUGCCAUGAAUGAAGCACUGCAGAAAAGAACAAGAGCCCCACGCAUUCAGUUGCGAAGGUGUUCAACACCAGCUUCAGUAGUUAGCUCACAGAGUCAUACCAGCAGUGGUGUCAUCACUUCAAACCAGGAGUGCAUCAGUUCGAUUGAAGUGCACCCUCAACUUGGAGCUGAUCGGCAUACACUGACAUCCACAGAUGCUCAACAUGUUGUGAUGGGGCAGCCAAGGCACACCAUGCCCCAUCAGCAUCCUGCUCACCACAUGCAUGCUGUACCUGGAAGCAGACUCUCUACAGAUUCAGUGUCUCAUUUGCCAAUGCCACUAAUGCCUCCUCCAUCAGUUCUGUAUGGAAGUUCUACUCCUGUUCCCAAUCUAUCCAUGACACCUCUCCAUGGCGUACCGCUUCCAGGAGCACUACCGGGUCACUCAAUGCAGGGGCAUGGAGUGGCCCACCAGCUACAUGGCACACCUCCCCCAACGCCGCACCAUGGGCAGUCCACUGGACCUAACCCCCAAGGAACUGUCAACCACAUGUUUGUAUCAACUCCAUUCGGACCUAUCCACCGCUCUCUCUAUAUGCCACCUCCGAGUCCUCACCCCCCAGAUAUCAGUCUCAUGUCUCCAAGAUCUUAUGGACAAGUCCACAUGCAUGAUAGCGUUUUAUACAGUCCUCGUUUCUCUUCGCCGCUGAGGAAUCUACCAACCUCAAACCUGACCGAAGGAAUGUUUAGCUCUUCCCUUCCGAGAAGUUUCUCUGAUGAGCGUUUGGAUACUUGUUGCUCUGUACCCUAUGCUCACUCACCUCCAAUGCAUGACAACUCUGGUCAUAUAUUCCCACCAGGAUUCAUGUCACCAUCAAUGAGUCGAAACCAACCCUCUAUACAGACGAGCCUUUGCAACAGCCUCCAGAGACCAUUUGGUCACCGUGGUCAUCAGAACAUCCCAGAAAGGCACCCUGGCCCAUUCUUUCACGAAGGCAUAAGACACCCCUCUCCACAUCAACUCCACACACCCAUUAUACCAACCAGUAGUUUUUCCAGUCCACCUACCUCAUCAACCAUGACAAAUGUUUGUAGCCCCCUCGAUACCAGUGUUCUGGUGAGUGCUGUGUCCAGUUGUAAUCCCAUACAGCCAAACAGUGUUGGUAGUCUUGUUAAUGCAGUGAGUCCAGCUAUGUCGUCAACAGCAGUAGCAACCCCUGGGAGCACAAUAUCAUCAAGUGGAAGUGAUUGUCCCUCAGCAUUAGCGGCUACCACUAGCCCCUCAAACACCACACCUACGCGGGUGUACAAUGUGGGAAACACUAGUGACAAGUACCUUCCUCUUGAGUUAGUUGUCUCGUCUCCUUCAACGAUAGUAACCACACCCACCCCCGUCACAAUCCCCUCCCAACUCAUCAGCGAGCAGAUCGUCAAAUUUGGUGAUGUUACGCUUGAAUGUAGCCGCCAGAUUCUGCGGGAAUCUGGCCGCACCGUGUUGUGUUGUUGGGGCUGUGACUACCACACGGCCGAGCCAAAGAAGAUGUACAGGCAUCAGCGACGAGAUGAACAGCCAAUGAAAUGCCAGUUAUGCAGUCACAUGGGUCAGUCUCGUUGCCAGUUGAAUCAACAUUUUAAAGAAGAGCACAUGGAUAAAGAUGAAGACCCAUUUAGGUCAUCGGCUGUAACCUGAAGUGAACAAUUCUUUGCUUCAGUACAACAAGAAUUGCUGCAUUAUAAAACCACUGUACUAUCUCAGUUUUCCAUGACUUUAAUGGGCAUUAAGAGGCAAACUUGCCUCUGCAAAAAAGCACAUUAGAAACACACAUUUGUAUUACAGCCUCAGCAAGAUUGAAUCUUCCUUUUAAUUUUUCAGUGAGCACAUAAAACAACCCAUUUAAAAUAUAGCCUUCUUGCACAGAACCAAUGUGACUCUUUGGAACCAUGGUGGAUGCAGACUUACCAGGUAAAUUUCUAUUGUUGACAAUGUUUAGAACACAAAGACAUUUUUUCAGCACAAUGGCUUAACCUUUUAUGUCUGCUGCCACCUAGUGUCCCGAGAAGUCUUUUUUUUUUCAAGAUUGCAAGAUGCAGCCUUUCCCCCAAAAUGAGUUUUAGUCGUCUUGUGCUAUUCUGAUGAAGUAAUGCUCAAAUGAUAGUUCGCAAGUGUUACAGAGCAACCAAAGUAUCUUAUGUCUUCACAGGCGAAAAGUCCAGCAUAACUUUCAUACAAUAGGGGACUUUCGGGACGCUUGGUGGCAGCAGACUUACCAGGUAAAAUCUAUUGUUCUCGGUAAUG